AUGGUGGCUAAAUGCAUAUCUUGUAAGCAAAAUGUGUCAAGAAAUAAUCCAGGAAUUUUGUGCAAUGGCUGUGAUAAACAUUUCCAUGCCAAGUGUGGUAAAAUAGAUAAGGAGCUAUUCCAUAAACUAGCAUCUGGUGAAAUAUCAGUAUGGAAGUGCGAAUCUUGUCGCAUUCAAUUAACAACUCAUAACCUCAAUAACACCAGCUUAAAUAUGGGGGAAACAGACUUCGAAUCAGAUAUUGAUUUUCAUCAAUCAAUUAAAAAAAUACACAUGGAGCUCGAAAAAAUCAAGGCCACUCAAUUGGCGUUCACGAACUCAGUUUGUAAAGUGAGCAAACAACUCUCAGUGAUCGAAAGCAUGGCUACCGCAAUUUCAGACAACAAGAAGAGAAUCGAUGACCUCGAGUCUGAAAAUACACAGCUUAAGCAUCAAAUCGUCUCGCAACAUCAACGCAUACACCAGCUGGAGCAAAAAGAAGCUCAGAAGCAAAUUAUGAUAUAUAAUAUUCCAAAUCAUGAACCGAACAUCGACUUAAGAGCUGUCUUUACGCAGGUUCAAGCAGUUCUGUCCAAUGUUCCAUUAAAAGAUGAUGACGUCGUUGAUAUAAGACGGCUUCCUAGCAAAACAGCUAAACCGGGACCGUUACUGAUUGAAAUGAAGAACACUCACGUUUGCAAACGAUUCUUGACUGCAGCUAAACUACACCGUAUUAAUGUAUCACAAAAUCAAAAUUCUCUUUCAUUUUCUAUAUCUAAUUCAAUUAAUGAUCAACUUAUUUAUAUCAAUGAAUACAUUCCUAUUUCAGAUCUUAUUUUGUACAAGAAAGCAAAGGCACACAAGAUUGAGCACAAUUUUAAGUAUUUAUGGAAAAAAAAUGGCAAUAUUUUCACGAGGAAGGAUGACGAGAGCAAAAUUUUUAAACUUUCAUCACUUACUGAUUUUGAUAGAGUAAAACUUUAA